GGCAGUUUUUAUUAUCUACACUGUAAGUCGGAGCAAAGCAAAAAAAGAGAAGAGUCGAUUUGGGUUAAAUGUCGUUACUUACUGGUUCGAUGGAUGAUCAGGCACCGGGACUAUCCAUCCUUCCGUUUCAACUGAUCAAAGGCAAACGUAGAAUUGAUAGAGAAAAUGAUGAAAUCACCAAUCGCUUGAUGAUUGUUCGAGAACAACAAAAGAGAAUAGAACAUAAAUAUGCCGGAUCUAAUAAGGCACUUAGCUCACAUGAUUAUCGUACAUUGGAGAACUUGAAUGAUGAAGAAAGGUAUGAAUUAUUCCUAUGCGUGUUGUUUUCAGAAGUAAGAUUUCAAGACUAAGCUGAACGAUACACAUGAUAGAAUCCUAGUACGCCGAUUAAAUGGUAUCAAAGAGGACAAGACUGGAUUUUUUCAAAUCUUUCUAAAGUUCCUUCGACCCUUCCAGGUACAGCUCGAGUGUGUGUGCUUCGACAUACUAUGAUCUCUUAUUGUGUAACUGAUCCCUGUCUGUUUUAGGUUUUGAUUGGAUUGAUUUUACUGUCAUUUGCUGUUAUUUUGGUUGUUUCUAUGUUUAUGACCAUGUAAAAUAGCUGGGGAUUGCUAAGCAAAAAAAAAAAAAAAAAUUGAAAUCAGAGAAGCUUUUUGACAAA